GGUGUGUUAAUCUUUCGUCUUACUGCGCAGGCGCUACCAUGUUGGGAGGAGAUGAAUUCAUCAGUUCCCCACCAAGGAAGACUGUCAGGUUUGGUGGGACGUUGACAGAUGUCUUGCUGAAAUACCAAAAGGGUGAAACUACAGACUUUGAGUUGUUAAAGCACCAGCUUUUAGAUCCAGAAAUAAAGGAUGCCCAAAUCAUUAAUUGGCUGCAGGAAUUUCGGGCUUCUGUUGCAUAUUUGACCAAAGACUUUGAGCAGCUAGUCAGCAUUUUGUUGAAGCUGCCAUGGUUGAGCAGAAGUCAAGAUGUGGUGGAAGAAUAUUUGGGUUUUCUUGGUAAUCUAGUGUCAGCACAGACUGUGUACCUUCGAUCAUGUCUGCGCAUGAUUGCUUCACAUUUUGUACCCCCUCGAGUAACCAUAAGGGAGGAUGAUGUGUAUAUUUCAGAUUCUGAUGAUGAUGAGGAAAGUCUUUCUGGAAAUUUUAACACAUGUCAUAGAGCACUGCAAACUAUAGCAAAAUAUGUUCCUUCAACACCUCAAUUUCUCAUGCCGAUACUUGUGGAAAAUUUUCCUUUCAUUAAUAAAUCAGAAAGAACUCUGGAAUGUUAUGUUCAUAACCUGUUGCGAAUUACUGUGUAUCUUCCAACACUGAGGCUUGAAAUUCUGGAACUUAUUGUUGAAAGGCUAUUAAAGAUAGAUGUUAGUGCCCCACGACAAGAUAUUGAGGAUGCUGAAGAAACUGCUAAGAAUUCUGAUAUCAAGGAAAAAACCACAGAGGAAGGACUCUUUGACAUGGAGGAAGAUGAAGAAACAAAAGAAAACAAAGAUACCUUCAGUAGGAGUGACGUGAUGGCCCAUCCACUAGCAGAACGCUUGGAUAUUUUGAUGAACAUUCUGUUUUCUUACAUUAAAGAUAUCUGCCAUGUAGAUGGGAAGCUUGAUGUUAACAAUACGAAGGACUUAUAUAGGGAUCUGGUUACUGUCUUUGACAAGCUCAUUUUGCCAACCCAUGCUUCAUGUCAUGUACAGUAUUUCAUGUUUCACAUCUGUAGCUUUAAAUUGGGGUUUGCAGAAGCAUUCUUGGACCAUCUUUGGAAAAAAUUGCAGAAUCCAAAUAAUCCUGUGGUGAUCAGACAGACAGCUGGAAGUUAUAUUGGCAGCUUCUUGGCAAGGGCUAACUUUAUUCCAAUUGUUACAGUGAAAGCGUGCAUGGAUCUGUUAGUUAACUGGCUGCACGUUUACAUUGACAAUCAGGAUGUGGGGACAAAAGCUUACUGUGAUGUUGUUCUUCAUGGACCUUUUUACUCCACGUGCCAGGCUGUGUUUUAUGCUUUAAUUUUUCGCCACAAGCAACUUUUGGAUGGAAACUUAAGGAAAGGUUUGGCCUACCUGCAGAACUUAAAUUUUGAACGCAUAGUCAUGUGUCAGCUAAACCCUCUGAAGAUUUGCUUACCCUCCAUUGUUAACUUGUUCGCUGCUAUUACGAGGAAAUACCAGUUGGUGUUCUGCUACACCAUCAUUGAAAGGAACAACAGGCAAUUUUUGCCAGUCAUCAGAAGCAGCAGUGGGGGUGAUUCUGUACAGACUUGCACUAACCCGCUUGACAGUUUUUUCCCAUUUGAUCCUUACAUUCUCAAAAGAUCAAAGAAGACCAUUGAUCCUAUUUACCAGAUUUGGGAAGAGCUGAGUACUGAUGAUCUUCAAGAACUUAAGAAACCCUUUAAAAAGCGUACAACUGAAGAUGAAGAUGAUGACUUUCUGAAAGGCGAAAUACCUCAAAAUGAUGGCUUGGUUGGAAUUACUCCAAAUUCUUAUGACUCAAAUAUUCUGAGCCCAGCAAGCAGUGUGGGAUCCCCUCCAGAAACAUAUGUACAACGGCACCUCUGACUUUGAAAUUCAGAAAUUAAGUGGCUCAAAAGCUGUGUGCAAUUUUCACUCUUUAAAGAGACUUUCUGAGUAACUUUCCAACUCUGAAGAUUUUACUUGUUUUGGUAAUCAUAUUAAAGAAGAGAGACUCUAAUUUUUUCUUAAACUUGCUCAGAUUUCUACAGAGAUGUGUUCUGAUUAAUUUCAUACAUUGCUAGAAAAGGCUAGAGAAUAAACUGCAGUAUUUACAGUUUUCAUAUUGAAAUAGUUUAUACAUAAUUUAUAGUUAUUUUUCUUGAUUAGUUUUUGUUUAAUAAUGUUUGCUCUAUAAGGUGAAAUCCUGGGCCCUCUUGUCAUUGACUACAGUGGGACUAAAAUUGCACUCUAAAUGUUUAAUUGUGUUUUGAUUGGGUAUGUUUUUAAGUUACCUUUCUAACAGCAUAGGAUGAGGUACCAGGGCCUGAGUUCUGAUUCCAGCCUGACUUUGCCUCCCUCUGACCUUUGACAGAUCACUUAGGGGAAGCUGAGGAAAAGAAGCUAUCUGUAGAAUACGUGGUAAAGCACUUUAAAGAUGGAAGGUGCUAUUAUCACUGCAUAAGAUUUUGUUGAAAAAAAAAUUUUAAGUGUGAAAAUUCAGACUUUCAGCACCUCAGGCAGUUGUCAGUUUUGAAAGUGACAAGAAAGCAGCUUAAUGUGUGAUCAUAUGAUAUGUAGUCAGUUCAAGAAAUGUUGUGCAGUGCUUUAAGUUCUGGGGAUGAAAAGGACUGUAUAAGGGUAGGUAUUUAUUACUUUUGGAACUCUAUAUUUAAAUAUGAAUUGCGAAACUACAAAAAUAACCCUUUGUUUAUAGAAAGGAAAAGAUGCAAUUCUCUUCAUGUGUCACUGCAUGGAAUUUCUUUACCCUACCAUUACUUUCUUUUGUUUUACAUCAUUGGAUUUUUAGGCGGGAGAGGUUUGAAUGCAUAUAUAAAUAAUUACUGCAAAAUGAACUGGCAAUAUCUGCACAAUGCUUCAAUUAGAUUACAAACCCUUUUAAAAGAAAAAGUAUGAGUUUACUCUGUUUGAAAAUAGUAAAAUUUUAAGUAUUUUGGGCCAAAUUCUCUGCAACUCCACAAGUCUGACCCUUUGUUUAGACUCUUAUUUGUUAGACUUUCAAGACUUGAGUAUUGGGUGGGAAUCAGAAUAGACUUGACACAUGCAGAUGCUUGCAAAACAUAGACUUACACAAAAAUAAAUGGAAUUCUGUAUGUGAUCUAGCCACUGGAGGAUGACACAGGAUGUGGUAGUAUGGGUUUCAGAAGCACCUGAUUUGGCAUGUUCCUUCUGAAGGACUGUGUGAUGAUACUGAUGAGGUGUAGACUUUGGAUGAGAGAGAGGUUUGGGGAUGACAUGCCAAAAUUAAUCUUCCUGUAUCUAUAAAUGAACUGGUUAUUUUUUGUUUGUUUUUGUUUUAAAUCUCACCCCCUUCUGCUGUCAUUCCAGAACAAUAAAAAGAGAAUUGAAUUUGAAA